UCCUUCCAGUUUCCUCUCAAUUAUGUUCACUUUCGCUGCCUUUUGCUAUAUGCUUUCUCUUGUCCUCUGUGCUUCUCUCAUCUUCUUCGCGAUCUGGCAUAUAACAGCCUUUGAUGAGCUUCAGGCAGACUUCAAGGUGCCGAUCGAUCAGGGCAAUCCACUUCACGCGCGUGAAAGGCUGCGAAAUAUUGAGAGGAUCUGCUGCCUGCUGCGAAAGUUGGUGCUUCCAGAGUACUCUAUCCAUGGACUCUUCUGUAUCAUGUUCCUGUGUGCUCAGGAGUGGCUUACCGUAGGCCUGAAUAUCCCUCUGCUCUUCUACAACACAUGGAGCAGGUACUUCCACAGCCCCACAGACACUAAGGAGCUUCUCUACGAUCCAGCAUCUGUCAUGAAUGGAGACACGCUCAAAUUCUGCCAAAAAGAAGCCUGGUGCAAGAUGUCCUUCUUUGUCCUCUCGUUCUUCUACUAUCUCUAUUGUAUGAUAUACUCCUUGGUGACCUCAUAACAGAGUUCUCAACACUGAAGUCAAGUCAAGUCCAGUUUUCAGAAAGCUCUAAACUACAUUUAAAUGAAAGAAGAGCUCGACCGCUAGACACAAGUUCAACACUGCAGUGUCUGAACCUACAGAGAAGACUUGACCCCAUCAGAAGAACCCUGUGUUGUUUACAGAUCUGACUUAACGCCCAAGAUGUAUCAUGGACCUGGUGUGAGGCACUUUUCACAAGCUCACAGUAACAUUUGCAAAGAUUGUCUCAGGCAUAGCACAACAUGUCCUUUAUCACUUUGAGAAGCAAAACCUGCCAACCUUUACACUCACUAUAUGUAGCUUAAAAUUAAUGUCGGAUUCAAACAAAUGAAAGGAAACGAUGGCUAACUUGAUCAGCGAAUGUUUCAUUUUUACCAGUCACACACUAGGCCACUGAGUUUGAUUACAUGUGUGAGAAGCUUUUUGUGGUAUAUUUUAUGUGUAUUUGUGCACUCCUAACAUAAGCGUUUUUAAUAUGAAAUAUGUAUCUGUUGCAUUACUCGUGUACAUAGAGAACUUUGUGUAAUGCUUUUAUGUGCUGGUGUCAGUUGGUUGAGAUGUUUUUGGACUUUAUAUUUACAAAAUGCUAAUAUCGAGGCUUUAUUAUAGAAAACAAAAGCCACUUUUCCACAAUUUUGCACAAAGAUGUUAUGAGUUUGCACAAUAGAUACAGUUAUUGGUUGUGGUGGAAAAACAAGUCAUAUUUAUAUACCCAGUACAAGUCUUCCAAUAUAUUACAGUGUAUGAAACCAUCAUAGAUUUACAUUCUAGGGAAGAAAUAAAAAACACAGCUUUCCUAACACUGAGCUACAAAUUUCACUUUCUCAUUUUCUAUCUAUCUAUCUAUCUAUCUAUCUAUCUAUCUAUCUAUCUAUCUAUCUAUCUAUCUAUCUAUCUAUCUAUCUAU